UCUAUCUAUCCUGCGCGAGUGUGCGCGGAGAAAAUUAAGAAAAAAUAAAAAGAAAAGAAAUGGCAGUUACUAGAGAGAAAGAAAAUUGUUCAAGAAAAAUUAAUGGAAAUAUACCUGCAUUAUCUCUCAACAGUGAUAAUAUGUCGACAUCUACAGAUAGUGACGACGUAGCGGAUCCGACAUAUGAAAUAAGAAACAUUCAAAGUAUUAUAAAUGUGACCCGUGAAAACAUUGACGCUUUAAAUGCAAGGUUCGCUGGUUUACAGCAUCCGCCUUCACUGUAUCUUUCGGAAUACCAGGAGUUGACUGCGAAGUUGCAUAAUUUAGAACUUAGGGAACAGACAUUGCGUGAACUGUUACAAAGUGAUUCGCCGGACCGAAGCGAAGAAUAUUCUUGGCAAGAUGACUCGAAGAAGUACGACACACUCACGCGGCAGCCUAAGGUGUUCCUUAGGGCUCACCUGCCGAACCAGCAACGUACAAGCGUGCAGGUGAAAGAAGGAGUGACGCUGCGAGAGGCGCUGAUGAAGGCGCUUAAACUCCGUAAUUUAACUUGUGAAAUUUGCGAAGUGGUUAGGACAGGCAAUAAUGAAGGUAUACCAUGGGAUAUCGACAUUACGAUGAUCGAUGCUGAAGAGGUGACAGUUAGAAUUCUAGACAAACUCCCGAUAAUGUCUCACAUGUCACAUCAGUUCACCCGUAAGACAUUUUUCACAUUGGCAUUCUGUGAAUGCUGUCGGAGGCUGCUCUUCAAUGGUUUCUAUUGCUCUCAGUGCAAUUUCAAAUUUCAUCAGAGAUGUGCAGACAAAGUGCCAAGUAUUUGCCAUCAGGUCCGGAUGACUGACACAUAUUAUGCAGCAUUGCUCGCCAAAAAUCCUGAGACUCAAGCGGGCAUCCUCUACCUACCUUCACAUUUUAGCUAUCACCAAAAUAAGUCUGCCUCCCCGGCUAAGAAGAUGGAGUUUGAUGUUAACUGGCAACAACAUCCUCGGUCACUCAAUCAGCAGGACCGAUCGAAUUCAGCUCCUAAUGUUUGCAUCAAUAUGGUACAGCGGCCCAUGACCCUCGCCGAGCACCAGAGAAAACAGAAUCAGUGUAGUAACUCGCCGCAGUCAACCAACUACCUAACGUCGAGUCGAAAUAACAAAGACGACAAAGACAAGGGCGAUCAACCACAAAGUCAGAGCACUCAGGCGUCGCCGACGGGCACGCUGCGGCCGCGGCGGGCGCGCGCGCGCUCGGCCGACGAGUCGUGGAAGCACGCGCUGUCGCCGCGCGAGAGCUACGACGACUGGGUCAUACACGCCGACGAGAUCCUCAUCGGCGCGCGCAUCGGGUCGGGCAGCUUCGGAACGGUGUACAAGGCGCACUGGCACGGGCCGGUCGCCGUCAAGACGCUCAACGUGAAGACGCCCACGCCGGCGCAGCUGCAAGCUUUCAAGAACGAGGUGGCGGUGCUCCGCAAGACGCGGCACUGCAACAUCCUGCUGUUCAUGGGCUGCGUGUCGAAGCCGUCGCUGGCCAUCGUGACGCAGUGGUGCGAGGGCUCGUCGCUGUACCAGCACCUGCACGUGCUGGAGACGCCGCUGCCCAUGCUGCACCUCAUCGACGUGGCGCGCCAGACCGCGCAGGGCAUGGACUACCUGCACGCCAAGAACAUCAUACACAGGGACCUGAAAUCAAACAAUAUAUUUUUAAGAGAUGACUGGUCAGUUAAAAUCGGAGACUUCGGUCUAGCCACAGCGAAAGUACGGUGGUCAGACUCGUCGACGCUGGGCGGCGUGCAGUGGCAGCAGCCCACCGGCUCCAUCCUGUGGAUGGCGCCCGAGGUCAUCCGCAUGGACGAGCCCGUGCCCUACACGUUCCGCUCCGACGUGUACGCCUACGGCAUCGUGCUGUUCGAGCUCAUGGCCGGCGAGCUGCCCUACUCGCACCUCAACAACAAGGACCAGAUCCUGUGGACGGUGGGCCGCGGGCUGCUGCGGCCCGACGCGCGGCGCCUGCGGCAGGACGCCCCGCAGGCCCUGAAGCGCCUGUUCGAGGACUGCAUCAAGUUCGACCGCGAGCAGCGGCCGCUGUUCCGGCAGAUCCUCGCGUCGCUGGAGUCCAUGCUGCGCGCCAUGCCCAAGAUCACCCGCAGCGCGUCGGAGCCCAGCCUCAACCGGCAGCUGCACGCGUCGGACGACUACCUGAGCUACAGCUGCGCCUCGCCGAAGACGCCCGUCAACUUUCAGUUCAACACGGAUACGAGCUUCCCUGCCUUUUACGGCAUCUCAGUGCCUAACCAGCGCCACGCCUAGAGCCGCGCCGCCCGCGUCCCGCGCCCCGCGCCCCGCGCCCCGCGCCGCCCGCGCACACGAUCUCAACGCAUUCAUUUAUAUUAUUUAUUUAUACAAUAUUUAUACACACCGAGAUCUCAUCCGUUGCUUGUUUAUAUGUAUCAUAUAAAACAAAAUUGAAUAUAUAACGAUAUUUUUGAAACGUCACUAAUCACUUGAAACUUCGACUUCGGCUAUGGAUAUGGCUCAGUCUAUCGGAUGAGAUGGGAUCGGUGGAUCUAGCGAGGAUCGAAUGUAUUCGAGUGGCUAGUCGCAGGUUCCGUAUCUUUAGAUCGAAGCCUUAUAACGUAGGUCCUACGAACUUUACGUGAUCACGACUGUACUGAUCCACACGUGUAGAUUGUAAAAUUGUAAAUAUUAAACGAGCAAUUAUUAACGUAUGACUAACAUGGACGCUUAAACGACUGCUUACUGUAAGAAGUGGGUUCGAGGCCGCUGAACAAAUCGUUUUUGUCUAUAGACUAAGAGUUAUUAAUUAAUAUAUCAAGGUAAUUUCGAUUUAAACUACGAGACGAUUAGUGCCUUCCCAAGUUACAAUAGUCGAAAUGUCAUUCAUUUAUCGAUAAGUAUGUUCAGCUAAUUAUAAUUGUGAACUAAAUAUCUUAAAUUUUAUAUAUUUUUUCAUAAUGUCUCAUGUAAUUGAUAAUUUUAAUAUUGUUGGUAAUACGCAGUUGUUUUGUUUUACGGUACAACCCCGAUUUAGUCGGUCACAUGAAGUUGGUGAAUGUUACAUCAUGUGGAUAUUCCGUUGAUAGUCUUGAAGUCUUGUUUUUAUAAAUAAGUGUUUUUUUCUUGUUUUUCACUUCUCUUCUAAGACAUGACUCUUUUUUUUAAUAUUAAGUAGUCGAAGAUAUCGAAGAUACGCACUGUUAAUCCGCUUAGUCGGGUUAGUCGGGGUUAUACAGUAAAAGCAAAUGGCACUGGGACUGAAUAUUGUCACACAAGACAACGCCGGUUGUGGUUGUAUGAGGGAUAUUGGAAUGUUGAGAUUAAUUUUAUUGUAUAGCAAUAGGAAAUGUACGCAUAAUAUCUGAAUCAAAGUAUUAUUUGUAAAAUAUUAGCGAAAUGCGACUAUCAACACUGAAUGUAAUUUAUUCGUAAUCGUAUCAAAUGUAAAUAAAUUAUUGUAAUUAUCUUAGCUUUAUGUCGGUUUAAGAACCUUGUGUAUACAUAAAUUUAAAGCAUAAUUAUUGUAAG